AUUCUUGUCUGUGCCCUAACUGGGAAUGGAAUGUGCAGUUUUGGCACAUUGGGAUGAUGCUCUAACCAACCCAGCUAUCCAGCCAGGGCAGUCCAUGACUUCUCUCGUUCUUCAUCUUAUAACUCGGGCACUUGUAAUUCCACGUCUGAGAAUAGGAGGAAGCAGCCCUAAAUUCUUAACCACUUUUUAAGGCAGAGGAUCACUCAAUCUUUUCCGUACCCUCCCAUAAUAACAAUGACUAUUUACUCUGAUAUGAAACUUAUGUCUGAUGUAAAUGCAUUUGAAUAAAUGAACCCAUUAGUUCCAAAAUACAGAAGCUCUAAGACAUCAAUCUUUAUUUUUCUCUUCUCAUGCUGUAGCCUCUAAAUCCAGUUCCUUUCCUGCCCAGGUUUCCCUGUCUCCCUCCAGUCCCAAAAUCAGCUCUGCCAUUUCCUCACCAUGUGUGUUUUCACGUGCACCGCCCAGCACGGGGCCAUCAACAAGGGCCAGCUGGAUUGGUAUGCCUGGGUUCCUAAUGCCCCGUGCACAAUGAGAAUGCCCCCACCCACCACCAAGGAAGAUGUGACAAUGGACACAGUGAUGGGCUCACUACCUGAUGUCCAAAAGGCCUGUCUUCAAAUGGCCAUCACAUGGCAUCUGGGUCGACGCCAGCCAGACAUGGUGCCUCUGGGGCAUCACAAAGAAAAGUAUUUCUCAGACUCCAAGGCCGAGGCUGUACUAAAGCAGUUCCAAACAGAUCUGGAAAACCUGGAAAGGGAAAUUACAGCGCGGAAUGAGCAACUUGACCUAACCUACGAAUACUUAAAGCCCAGCCACAUAGAGAACAGUGUCACUAUCUGAGCUCUAAGGUGCCCCCCUCCCCCAAAAACUUCAGAUCAGCUCCAGGAUUGCCACUUCUGUUUUGAAUUUCAUGGUUUGCUACGUGUCUGCUGCUAAGGCUCUAUUUUCUCUCAAAACUAAAUCCUCUACAUCAGUAUCCCGCUAUCCCAGGGGGGGCAGCAACCUUUUCUAUAAAAACCCAUAUAAAAACAAUUUUCCUAAUCCUAAAACAUUAUAAAUCCUAAAAGUCCUGUCAGCCACACAGUCUCUGUCACAAUUACUGAACUCUCCUGCUGUAGCAAAAAGCAGCCACAGACAGUGUGAAAUGAAUGAGUGACUGUGUUCCAAUAAAACUGUUCAUGGACAGUGAAAUAUGAA